CCAAUGUUGGACCUUAUCGGAAAACUAAAACCCGUAAUGCCUUCAACUCAAUUUGACUCGUUUUUCUUCUGGAAUUCUGGUGCAGAAGCUGUUGAAGCUGCAGUAAAGUUGGCGAGGCACGCGACAAAAAAGCAGAAUUUAAUAGUAUUUCAAGGGGGGUAUCAUGGAAGAACCGUCGGGACGAUGUCGCUCACUACGUCAAAGACAAUUUACAGAGAACGCUUCGGACCAUUGAUGCCUGGAGUUCAUGUUGCGCCCUUUCCAUAUUGCUUUACUUGUCCGGUACAUCGCGCCGUUCCACAAAAACAUAAUACAAAUAAUUGCUGUAAUAAUCCAAUUGAACAAGUUGAAGGCAUUACGGGUUUUAGUUUUCCGAUAAG